AUGGGCCAGUGUGUCACGAAGUGCAAGAAUCCUUCUUCUACCCUCGGCAGCAAAAAUGGGGGAAGGGAAUCCAGCAGCAAAUCUCACAGCAAGAGAAGUGCGGUCCACAAAGAUGACCUCGUCUCGGCUUGCGGGAAGUCUUCAGGAGAUAUACUUGUGAACGGGACAAAGAAAACUGAUGCUGCUGUAGAGUCUAGUCAGCCUCCCACGUUUUCUGGAGAUACAAAGAAGGACUCUGUUUCCAGUGCAGAAGAAUCUUCGCUCCAAAGGAUCGGGGAGUUAUUUUGGAGGUAUAAGGAUGAACGGGAAGAUGCCAUCCUGGAAGAAGGAAUGGAACGGUUUUGCAAUGACCUGUGUGUUGAUCCCACUGAAUUUAAAGUGCUAGUUUUGGCUUGGAAAUUCCAGGCUGCUACCAUGUGCAAAUUUACAAGGAAGGAGUUUUUUGAAGGCUGCAAAGCAAUAAAUGCAGACAGCAUCGAUGGCAUUUGUGCGAAGUUCCCCAGCCUCCUAAACGAAGCCAAGCAGGAAGAUAAAUUCAAGGAUCUCUAUCGUUUCACCUUCCAGUUCGGCUUGGACUCUGAAGAAGGACAGAGGUCACUACAUCGAGAAAUAGCCAUUGCCCUUUGGAAAUUAGUCUUCACCCAAAACAAGCCUCCCAUUUUGGACCAGUGGUUACACUUCCUAAUUGAGAACCCCUCAGGAAUCAAGGGAAUCUCCCGGGACACGUGGAACAUGUUUCUAAAUUUUACUCAGGUGAUUGGACCAGACCUUAGCAACUACAGCGAGGAUGAGGCCUGGCCGAGUCUCUUCGAUACCUUUGUGGAGUGGGAAAUGGAGCAGAGGAAAAAGGAAGAGGAAACCAAAUGUAUUACAUCUUCGGACACAGAGGGCCUGUGUGUGGAAGAACAGACUUAGCGGCGUCGAAGCGGCAGUGAUUAAAGCAACCCGUCGCCCUUUGUGAAAUGUAAACUCUGGAUGUUUCUGGAAAUUACCGAGGCUCCAGACUUUUCUACUUUACACCUUUUUCUGCCUUGUCUUUGAAAGGGCUCUAAAAUGCUGUAUCAUGUUUUAGGCACUUUCUUAAUUAUGGUUAUUCCUUUUACUCUUGCCGUGAAAUAUUUGACCCUGGCUACAAGUUAAGCAUUUUUGGGUUCUUUUUUUUUUUUUUAAAGACUUCAGAUUAGUAUAAGUCUGAUAUUUCUUGCACAAUGUAGAUCUUUUCAGUUAGGUUAAAUUAACAUUGCUAAAUUAUACAGUGCCAGAUUAAGUUUUUCAUACUACAUCUGUCAGGGCAGGUCUGUACUGUGUGUAGUGCUGUUUACAUUGUUGAAAUUUUAGGCUGUAAUAAUUUUAAGGUUUUAUACCAAGAUGAACAGCAGUGUUAACUGUUAACUAUAAAUGCAUUAAUCCCUUGGUAAUAAGGCUCUAAAAAAACAACAUAAGCAACAGCUUUUUGUAAUAUGGCUAAUUCCCAUUUUAAGCUAACUCUUAGUGAACGAGUCCAGGUCACUCCUUUUUUUGGAAUUUCAAACUAAAUGUUGGGAUUGUUUUAUAAAAUUACUGUACCUGUCAGUCAACUGAGUGGUAGAUGAUGAUUUGUAUCUAAAUCUCUUACACAUCACGUAAUAAAAGAGCAGU